UUGAAUGCAACGUCUCUCUCGUCUUCGCUUCUCUCCUCUCCUGUCGAGCUUCCCUCUGUCUCUCUCUCACGCAAAACGGCUUUGCCAAUCGCCACAUCCCAGUCCCCCUUACAUGAUGACCGUUGUGGCCCAUAGCCGUUUGGGAGCUCGGUCGGCCCCACCGGGGCAAAUUUUCCUUUACUAGCCGUUGGAUUUGAAUAAAGACCCACAUCCCACCCAGGCUCAUAAUAAGCGUAAUAACCAUAAUAAUAUUAUCAUCAUAUCGAUAAAAAUCCCCAACCUUCUCUCACUUGUUCUCUUCGUAUUCUUGGUUCUACUGUAGAUGAUUGAAGAGCUGAAGGAGAGGAAUAUUCUUGAUUUCUGGUUUUGGAUUGUUCUUGGGGCUUUUGUGGAUUUGGGUUCUUAGUCUAUAAUCAAGAUGGAUCAAGAAAACAUGGUCAUAUCUGGGGAGAAUAACAACCGUACCUGGAUUAAACCCAGAAUUGUUGAAGAGAUGGAUGGAAGAAAGUUUGGAGUGCAAGGGCGGCAGAACCGGAGAGUUUUGGGUGCCAUUAAUCAGAACAUAGUAGCUAAUCCAUACCCAUGUGUUGUUACUAAUAGAGGAGGAACAUCAGAAAAAAACGGGAACAGUGACAAGAAUCAUUCUGUACAAGCUAAUAGACCAAUAACAAGAAAAUUUGCUGCCCAAAUUGCAAACUCUCAGCAACAUUAUCAUGAGGAAAGCAAGAAACAAAGAAUUGAGGUUGAAGAAUCCGGGCUACGGGAGGAAGAUGAACACGAAAAAAAUUGUGAUAAAGACCAGCCAGUCCCUAUGACUUUGGAGCAAGCAGAAAUAGAUUCAAACGAAAAACAUCAUAUGGAUGAGGUAGAAAUGGAGGAUAUAUAUGAAGAGAGUGUGUCCUUGGACAUUGACAGCGGAGAUGCAAAAAACCCUCUUGCAGUUGUUGAGUACAUUGAAGAUCUUUAUGCCUAUUACAGAAAAGUUGAGAACUGUAGCUGCGUUUCCCCUGAUUACAUGUCAAGACAGCUUGACAUCAAUGAAAGGAUGAGGGCUAUACUAAUUGACUGGCUCGUUGAGGUGCACCACAAGUUUGAGCUAAGGGAAGAGACACUGUUUCUGACCAUAAAUAUCAUAGACAGAUUUUUAGAGAAACAAAAUGUGGUGAGAAAGAAGCUUCAACUGGUUGGGUUGGUUGCUAUGCUAUUGGCUUGCAAAUAUGAAGAGGUUUCUGUUCCCGUUGUGGAUGAUUUUGUGUUCAUUUCUGCCAAAGCUUACACAAAGAAAGAAGUUCUUGACAUGGAGAGCUGGAUGCUCAACACACUGCAAUUCAAUAUGUCAGUCCCAACUCCUUAUGUCUUUCUCAGAAGAUUCCUCAAGGCCACACAAUCUGAUAAGAAGAAGCUGGAGCUAUUGUCUUUGUUCUUAAUUGAGCUCUGCCUUGUGGAGUAUGAAAUGACCAAAUACCCCCCAUCGUCUUUGGCGGCCGCUGCAGUCUACACUGCACAAUGCACACUCCAUGCCCAUAAUAAGGAGUGGAACCAGACCUGUGAAUGGCAUACUGGCUACUCUGAACAUCAACUUCUAGAAAGCUCAAGAAUGAUGGUGAGCUUCCAUCAAAGGGCAGCAACAGGGAAACUAACAGGAGUGUAUAGGAAGUACAACACCUCAAGAUUUGGCCAUGUUGCAAAGUGUCAGCCUGCCACUUUUCUUCUUCUUUACAACUCUCAAGAACAGCAACGACAAUCUCACCAGCAACAAUAAGGCCUUCAUUAUUAUUAUAACUAUGUUAAUGCUUGGUUUUGAGAUAAUUUGUUAACUUCACCUCCAACAUGAUUGUUGAGUUUGAUGAUCAUUCAAGUUUUUGAUGAUUAAUCUGCUUUGUAUUUCUUAUUUCUACUUGAAAUAAUCAGAUAACAGCGAAAUGCAUUAUUCUUUAUUUAUUUUUCCCAAUUCAGCAUCUAUUUUCCGCGCAGUAUUACUUUGACGAGUCUGAUUAGUUUUGAUUAAUUCAAUUCUUUAUCUUUUACUACGACUAUGUUAAUGCUUGGUUUUGAGAUAAUUUGUUAACUUCACCUCCAACAUGAUUGUUGAGUUUGAUGAUCAUUCAAGUUUUUGAUGAUUAAUCUGCUUUGUAUUUCUUAUUUCUACUUGAAAUAAUCAGAUAACAGCGAAAUGCAUUAUUCUUUAUUUAUUUUUCCCAAUUCAGCAUCUAUUUUCCGCGCAGUAUUACUUUGACGAGUC